AUCUAAUGAGCAAUAUCUAACUGAUAUGUUGAAAGUGUCGGAAACGCUAUUGUCUGUCGAGAAAAGGUUUCAAAAUGAGAUUUUCAUUCUCCUGGAAUUCUACGAAGAAUCGCUGGCAUCAGCCAUAAAGAGCAACAAUACGCUGCUUGAAGUAGAGGUGUUAAAAAGCAUUGGUGAUGCGAACCUAGAAAAAGGAAGAAUGACUAAAAACGCUGAUGUUUUAGAUGAUGCUGACAUUUUCUAUAGAGGGGCUCUGAGUCGAUGUGAGGAUACUGAUGGAAAAGAGGCCCUCCUUCAUCGCAUAAGAUACGCGGAAAAGAUCAAAGAACAGCUUUCUAUGAAACAGGAUAAAGACGCGUCUUUGGGUCAAGCAGGUACAAAAGCAACAAAGAUGAACCUGUCCACGAUAGUAGAAGAGUUCCGUGAGUUGGACUUGAUCUUCGAGAGUGGUCGUGAUUUGGACGUUGUAGAAAAGGGUUACGCAAGCAUGUUAAUUCAGGCCGUAAGCAGCCAAGAUAUAGUCUUGGAGCGCGAGGCACUGAAGAGCCUGGGUGACUUGUACCUGAAACAGUCACAAACGAUGAACCAUAGUAAGGUGGAGGCUUUUAAGAAGGCCUGUGCGCUGUACCAAGAAGCCUGGCGAUGCUGCACGGAUGAAGAGGAGAAGAUAGUUCUACAACAUCGCAUCAAGUAUGCAGAGAAACGUAUACGUACAAAGCUAGCACACACCCUCAAACCCCCAAAUCCUGAGGUCACAACUUCAGCUAACGUUACACUGGACGUGGCGACCGCACUUCAAGAAGUGAAAGAAAACAUCGAGAGGAAAGCGCACGGUACGAUGCCCUUGAUUGAAGGUUACACUAGUUCCUUUGUUAAAGCCAUCGUGGACAGAUUUGGAAGUCUACAGACGGAGAGUUUGAAGAGCCUUGGAGAUCUGUACCUAGAGAAGGGACGAGCCGGCAAGGACGACGCGGCACUCCUGAAGUCAGCUGGUCUGUACCGAGCGGCGCUGGACCGCUGUGAAGAUUCAGACGGCAGAGAAACACUGAAGCACCGCAUCAAGUACACGGAGAGAAUCAGAGAAAAAGUCCGGGUAGGAAAAUUAUAUAUCAAGGGUCAAGAAAAGGGAGCGCCUGUAAACAGAAAAACUUGCCGUCAAGCAGCCCGUGACGUCACAGAGUUGAUGAUAGAAACGGGAACUCUAGAAUCAUCACCAGUGAGGAACCACAGGAAGACACGGACAGAUCCAAACACAGAUGAGAGCUGGAAAGAAACAGAGCCCCUAAACAGGCUGAGUGAAGUCUACCUAACAAGAGGAAUGCAGUCAAAAGACGGAGGCGACUUCACCAAGGCUGCUGCACUCUGUAACGCGGCACUGGUCAGGUCUACAACAGAGGACAACGAGAAUAUCAAACAAUCAAUGCUAGAAAUAUCGAAAUCAUUUGUUAAGCAUGUGUUAAGAUCAGAUGAAACAAUGGACAUGGAUGGUGUAGAGAAACACAAGUUGCUCUUGAGAGAAAAUCGAGCUUAUGCCGAAAAGGAGCUCAAAACGAUCGAGGAACAAGUAGAUCCUUAUUGCCUCGACGAGGAAGACCCAAAGAUAAGAGAAGUGGAGAAAGGCAGAGCGGAAGCAGUCAAAGGGUUGUUUCAGACCAUUGUUCAAAAGCGGAGAACGUUUAUUUCUGGUCUUGUAGAGGAAUGUAUGGAGGUAAUGGGUCCCCCUUCCUGUAAGUACGCUAUGAUAGGCCUGGGUUCACAAGCCACGGGAUUGGUCACCCCAUACUCUGAUCUGGAAUUUGCUAUUUUGGUCGAGGAGGAAACAGAAAGUAAUCUCACGUAUUUCCGCCAUCUCACCCAUUUUCUGCAUCUGAAAGUGAUCAGUCUCGGUGAAACUAUCCUACCGGCCAUGGCGAUUAAAUCACUGAAUGAUUUCCACUCGAACGACCCACUGGACAACUGGUACUACGACUCUGUCACACCGCGAGGCUUCGCGUUCGAUGGAGCCAUGCCGAAGGCGUGUAAAACCCCACUGGGUACGGGAACGAGUGAACUUAUCCGUACGCCGGCCAAGAUGGCCGAACUUCUGAAGGACGACCUUACGCUACAUUUAAAGAAAGGCUACCAUCUUGCAAACAUAUUGGGCAAUGUGUGCUUUAUCACAGGAGAGCAGGACUUGAUCGACCAGUAUACAGCUUUGUGGACUCAACACCUGCAAGAACACGAUGGAUCGAUUCCAUUAUCGAUAGCCCAAAAUACCCUGACAGCUACAGAGAAUGCACCAACUUUCCAAAUCAAUGCCCCAACUGCCACUUUGCUGAACGUGAAGAAGGAAAUAUAUCGCUUUGCGAGCCUUGCCAUGGAAUCUUUGGCAUUGUAUCAUGGCAUACAGCCGACCACGAUCUGGGACACUAUUCAGAAGCUUAAGGAAAACUCAGUCAUCGACGAAACGAACGCACAUCACUUGAUGGUCAUGGUCAGCAUCUCAGCAGAACUGGGACUUAGAACAUACAUGCAUAAUCGUGGGCAAGCGGAAAGCAUGUCAGCUUUAUCGUCAAUGUCAAAGGACACCGACAUCACGGAGACACUAAAGAGAGUGUUCUAUGUCUCAAAUACAACACAACUUAUGAGAUACUACUACACAGCAAUUCCAUUGAAGCUCUUCAUUUCACAACUUGUCAACGACCAGCCACCGGAAGAGCCACCAGUUCUCUUUCUUAAUUCUUUGAGACUAAAGGCAGACGUAUUCGAGAAUUUGUGUGAUUACCAGAAAUCAAAGAUGUACCAAGAACGCGCACUACAAAAUGAUGGAGCUAAACACGAAGAGAGCGCCAUGCAACCUUAUAUCGCCCAUUCACUUAAAAAGCUGGGCGAUGUGUCCAUGAACCUCGGUGAUCACAGGAAGGCCGUCAGCUUUUACGAACAGGAACUACAGAUGAGGCUCCUUAUCAAUGGUGAAAACACCGCACAUUCCGACAUUGCCCGGUCACUUGCAAACUUGGGUAAUGCAUGGAGUAACCUUGGUGAUUACACAAAGGCCAUCAGCUAUCACGAACAGUCGUUACAGAUGAAGCGUAGAGUCUAUGGUGAGAGCACCUCGCACCCCGACAUUGCCAAGUCGCUUAAUAGUUUGGGUACUGUCUACAGGGACAUCGGAGAUCACAGAAAAGCCAUCAGCUAUCAUGAACAGUCGCUACAGAUGAAGCAACACGCCUAUGGUGAGGACAUGGAACAUCUAGACAUUGCCAAUUCACUUAACAAUUUGGGUGUUGUCUGGAGAGACCUGGGGGACUACAGAAAGGCGAUUAGCUACCACCAACAAUCGCUACAGAUGAGGCGGAGUAUCUAUGGCGUGAGCACUGCACAUCCUGACAUCGCCAUGUCGCUAAACAACAUGGGCAUUGCGUGGAGGGACCUUGGUGAUUACAGAAAGGCGGUAAUAUUUUAUGCACAGGCAGUGCAGAUGAGGGCGCGUGUCUAUGGUGAAAACACUGCACAUCCUGACAUCGCCUCAGCACUUAACAACUUAGGUGCUGCCAAGCAGGAGCUUGGUGAUCACAAAAGGGCAAUCUUCUAUUAUAAACAGGCACUGCAGAUGAGGCUGGUUGUCUACGGUGAGAGUUCUGAACAUCCUGAUAUUGCAUCGUCACUUAUGAACCUGGGUAACUGCAGUGGAGAGCUUGGUGACUACAGAAAGGCUGUCAACUAUUACGAGCAGUCACUGCAGAUGUGGCAGAGUGUCCUUGGAAAGAGCACGGCACAUCCCGACAUCGCCGGGUUACUUCACAACAUGGGCGUCGCCUGGGGGAACCUUGGCGAUUACGGAAAGUCCGUCGGUUAUCAUAAACAGGCACUACAGAUGAUGCGGAGCUUGUAUGGUGAAAGCGCUCUGCAUCCAGACAUUGCCCAGUCGCUUAGCAGCUUGGGUAGCGCAUGGAAGGACCUUGGUGACCACAGAAAAGCCAUCAGUUACCAUGAACGUUCACUACAGAUGUUACUAGGUAUCUAUGGCAUUGUAAAUUCCCACAUUGCCCAUUCACUGAACAACUUGGGCAACGCCUGGGGCGACCUGGGGGACAACGGAAAGGCCGCCUGCUACCUUAAGCUAGCAUUACAGAUGAAGUUGAUUGUACUUGGGGAGAGGACUACCCAUCCCGACAUCGCUCAGUCACUCAGCAACUUAGGUGCCACGUGUGUUAAGCUGGGAGACUUCAGAAUGGCCGUCAACUAUUUUGAACAGUCAAUGCAGAUGGGUCAGCGUAUCUAUGGCAAGAACACUGCGCAUCCUGACAUUGCCGACCUACUGACUAACUUGGGAACAGCAUGGGGAAUGAUUGGUGAUACAAGAAAGGCCAUCAGCUAUUAUGAGCGAUCGCUGCAGAUGAACGCGAUCAUCUAUGGUGAAGAUGCCACAAGGCCCAGCAUUGCCCAUGUACUUAACAACUUGGGGAACACCUGGAGGGACCUUGGUGAGUACGAAAAGGCGGCCAGCUGUUUUGAGCAAUCUCUACAGAUGAGCAAGGUUAUCUAUGGCAAAAAUACUCCGCAUCCUGACAUUGCUGCUUCAAUCAACAACUUAGGUAACGCUUGGCUUGGGCUUGGUAACAACGAAAAAGCCAUCAGCUACUAUGAACAGGCGUUAGAAAUGAGGCGCGUUUUGUACGGGGAAAGUGCAGCCGAUGCAGACAUCGCCCACUCUCUUAACAACUUGGGUAUCGCCUGGAAGAACCUUGGUAAUAUGAAAAAGGCCGUCACCUAUUACAACCAGUCACUGCAGAUGAGGCUUAGUGUCUAUGGUAAAACCAACGCACAUCCUGACAUCGCUGCGUCACUCAACAACUUGGGUACCGUCUGGAGAGACCUCGGUGAUUACAGAAAGGCGGCAAGCUUUUACGAACGGGCUCUACAAAUGCAACGGGUCAUCUAUGGCGAAGGGACUGCCCAUCUUAGCAUGGCUAUUUCACUUAAUAACUUGAGCAACGUGUGGAGUCGACUUGGUGAUCAUGUAAAGGCGAACGACUACCAUGAACAGUCGAUGCAGAUGAGGCGGUGUAUCUAUGGAGAACGCAGUGCACCCCGAACAUUGCCACGACGCUAAAUGCCUCACUGAAUAGUUCGACUUUAGGGACCACUGAAAAACUGUCAAAUUGUAAAAAAAAGGUGGAUAAAAACACAAUGCGUGCUAUAGAAAUGAUGGUGGCUAUAGAAAUGAUGGUGUCAUUUUACAGCAUAUCUUUACUCUUAUUCAACUCGCAUAGAAUGUACAUGUAUUAAGUAGUACAUAUCAGCGAUUCAAGAAUCGAAAUUACUGAUC